GGCGCUUACCGUUAUUUAAACAUCAUCAAUUGGAUGCAGAAGUGGACAGCACCCCAUACAGAUAAACAAAGUAUUACUCAAUGGAUAAUUUAGCUCCAUGUCAUGGAUGCUCUGAAGCCCUCACGUCUUUUUAACUCUGAGUGAAGAUCUCCAUUUUCCCAGCCGCGCGUCAAAACAUCAAUGGACUUGUUUUAAGCUGCGGACGAGAAACGCAUCGUGUCCUUUUAACAGGAGACAGUCACAGGCGGAUGCUGUGACACUUGUAGCUGAAUCUGGAUGUCCACCUAAUUGUCUAAAACAAAGAGGAGGUUCAAUUGUUUCACAUCCAUCAAGCGUCCGCGCCAGAAGUGUGGAGCUCCGGAGCUGUUUGAUCUCGAGUGGGGAAGCGCAAAGGUAGCCUAAAGCCAUUUACGGACGCAUUAAUUUCUAAGCCGCUCUCGGUGCCUGCUAACAGACAGGAAGGAGCAUGGAUAGAGAGGAAUUUGCUGUGACUAGAGCGUUGAGGGGAUUUGUAGAGCUGGGGGUGUGCGCCUGUGGAAACUAAACUAAGGACAGCUGGCUAACGCGCCGACACUGUCAGCUCGCCAUCGCUCUCCGAGCCAUCUUUUUCUUUCUUUUUCAUAUUUUUGACGAGGGGACGGGUACCUUUUUUUUAAAAAACGGUCAUGGGGAAAGAGGAGUGCAAAACAAUGCUGGACGCUUUGAACAAAGUGACAGCCUGCUACAGGCAUUUGGUCAUCGCAUUGGGAAGCACCUCGGACUCGCAGAACCUGCGUGAGGAGCUGAAGCGGACCCGCAAAAAGGCCCAGGAGCUGGCCGUGGCCAACAGGACUAAACUGACCUCACUGCUCAAAGACAAGAGCAUCAGUAAAGAGGACCGGGCCGAGUACGAGCGUCUAUGGGUUCUCUUUUCGAGCAGCAUGGAUCUCCUGGAGGUGGACAUGAAACGGUCCCUGGAGAUAGGGCAGGAUUUCCCCCUCAAGGUGCCCACCAGGCACCUCAUCCAGACCGGUAUGACCGGCAGCACCACCACCGUGGCGGCCCGUGCCAUGAGCGUGCAGAACAUGAAGUACGAGGCGGAUAGCAACAUCGACACGGCCGACCUACGGGACCUGCAGACCGAGAUCACCCAGGUGAGCCAGAUGAUGGAGGAGAUGGAGAUGAAGGUGCAGGUAGCGCCGUGGGCCGUGGAGGCGAAGCAGGAGGCGGGCGCAGAGCUUAAGUCCAACAUGAGUGUGGGAAAUUCCUCUGUGGGUGUCAUCUCCAUCUGCGAAGAGGAGCCCAAAGACGAAGAAGGAGGUGGAAGCAGGAAUACUGGCUCUGCAUCGAUCUGCGCCGUGUUAGUGUUCCUUGUCAUCGUGGGGGUCGCUCUUGUUUUGGGAUAUCUGGUCAUCAAUAUGUCUUGAACUGUCUGAUCCCGAAGCCCACACAGAUGGACACGCUGCGCGGCUUCCCCCGCAACCCAGAGAGCAGGCAGCUCCACAAAAGAGGGAGAAAGAGGUUUAAACAUUUUACGCACGAAGAUUUAAUCGCUCUCGGAUUUGUGAAUGUAUUCGGUGGAAAUUGGAGAGUUGCACUAGAGAUAAUAUAGAAGAAUAGAGUCAGAGAGUGGACGAUCAGUGGGCACAAUUUGAAAUAUUUGAGAAGCCAAGAGGGUCGUGUUAAUUUUCUGAACAGUGGGGAGGGGGGGGGGGGGGGGGGGGGGGGGGGGGUGAAAGUCGUGAAAUUACGUGACAGUGUCUGGCCAUCAGGAUGAUACAAACAACACGUAAUCCAAAUGGAUUAGUGGAAAA